AGAACUUCUAGUGAGUUAUAACGAUGAAGACAUUUACCUGUUUGAUGCAAAUUCCAGGUUUGUACCUUCAUAUACAUGUAGUUGAUAUAUGCAUGCGUGUACCCAUGUAGAUUUAUAAUGUGUACGUGUGCUAGCAUGCAAUUGUUUUUAUCUCAGACAUUAAGACUUAAUUUCAUUGGAUUAAAGAUUUUGUGUUUCUUUGAGCUUUAAACAAUAAAUUUGCCCUGGGGGCUUGGAAUAUGAUAUUACGGGUACAUACGAAGGCGAUAUAAAUUUAUAUUGGUAUCAAAUCUUACGACAUAAAGCAAGAAAAAUUGGGGAAGUGUUGUUGCUUUGGUUUCAUUUAUAAAAAUGUGUUAAUAUUUUAAAACAAUACAUUUUUUUGAGAUUGGGCAUUUGACACAUGUCCAGUCAUAAAAAGCUUUGAUCGGAAAAAAGGUAAAAUUUUGCCGGACAUGCAAUCUCCGAUGACCCAUCAUGACCGACUCUAAUUUGCACACCUGCACACCAAAGCUUUUGCGCUUGAUUUGAACUCGUGCAUACACACAUCCGUACGAGAUAAAAGAUCCCUUCGUCAUCAAAUAUAAUUAAAGUAAAACUGUUAUUAAAAAUGUCUUAAUUAAAUGAAACUUCACGUUAUAUUACUUGGUAUUACAGUGCAUCAAAAUAGACGUGCUUAGUUUCUUGUCUAUUUCAGGUCUUCAGCUUACUAUUCGACGCGCGGUUGCCAUAGUUUCAUAUUAAUUUUAUAUUUUGUAGCUAUAUCAUAUUCAGGGGGAGUUUCUGGGUACGUUUUUGCAGAGAAGAUUGAGUUUACCUAAUCAGCAUGGGGUCUGGGGCGGCUCUCUCUUGUUCAAACUAUUAAACGCAAUAUGCUUGUUCAAACUAUUAAACGCAAUAUGCGUAACACGUAUAAUCUUAUAGUUUCGUGUUCCAAUGAUUUUGAAAUAACGCCAACUAUUGCUCAACAUGCACUAGCUGCGCGCAACUGUCAAAACAAGAUGCAUGCAUAUGUUCGAUAUAUGUUGAAAAGAAUUACGGGGGUAUGUUCAAGUAAAUUAUGAAGAAAGGAAACAUCGAACAUGGCACGAUUUACGUACACUCUAUGUGAUAUACAGGAUAUCAGUGUUCAUUCUCCUAUUGGCAUAAAAGCAAUGUCAUUACAAGCUGCCGGUCUGGCGAUGGCAAAUAUCGUUACAUCUCUCUUUGGAACACUGGCCAACGCGGUCUCGUGAUAAUGGCGUACUGUCGUAAUCCUCGUUUACGAGCAAUUCAGGAUACGAUCUUAUCAUCUUCUUGCUGCUUGCCAUCACAGAAAUUGGCGUAACUGCUUUUAUUCAACCGAUAUUUGUGAUCGCCACCUUAAGUGGUUUGCUGGGAAACCAUAUAGUUGAAUUUUAUGGGGACUUCAAAAUAUAUUAUCGUUCUUGUUCUUGGAACUAUCACUGCAAACUUGCAAAGUUAUAUAUCCCUGGACCCUGGCUUAUCUGAUAUCGAUAUAUGGUAGUAUAAUUACAAAGUCCUGUUUAAAUUUAGUGUUUGUGUUUUCUUGGCUUUUCAUUUUGCUAAAAACUCUGACUAUUUUUGAACACUAUACAACUUUGUUUUAUACGGAGCGCUUUGUGUUAUUACCUUAGCAAUCAUCACUGUAGUUUUUAGCGCACUGUGAUGACGAAUCAUUGCAAAUCAUGGCUUGGCGGUGCAUGCAUGUUACCCAUUUUAGCUGAGUCUGCUUUCUUUAUGGGCUCUAUUCUGUGACAGCGAUGUCUUACAUAUUGAAGCAUUUACAUAUACAAUGAGAUGUCAGUGGUGCAUGUUUUAUAAUUAUGUGUUUGUUAUUGUUAAACGAAAUUUUUUGAAGUUGAGCGUGAUGAUUAUAUAAUGCUAUGCCGGAAAUAAACACACGCUGCAUGCUUGUUCAAAAUAACAUACUUUGGUAUGUUUGGACAAGUGAAUAUAACAUAUCCUACAAGUUGAUUGGUCAGAUUUGACGUAUUAAGCUGUUAUAUUCACCUAUACAGGUGAAUAUACAAAACUGAAAUUUGCAAAGUGGCGGCUAGCCGUUUUGUGGAAGUUACUGAUAAAGAAAUAAUCGAAAUUAAAAUAAAUUCAGUCCCAAAAAACACAAAAGACGUUCCCCGAUAAUAACCUCGCCUUCGGCGAAUAAUUGUUAAAUAUUCUAUAAUAUGGCCAAAUAAUUAAUAAAUUUUUAAAACAUCUAGCUUCACGCUCCACUAUUAAUGAAAAGAACCGCUAAACUUAUGAAUAAUCUUCACAAUAUUUAUUACUUCUGACGUAUAGUAUAAAUAUUUAAAUACCAAACAUGCGGCAAACUUAAGGUCUCUAUUAAAUAAAAUAAAUUAAAGGCCUGUUUAUACACUUGCAAUUUUUGCUGCGAUUAUUAUCCCCAAGUUCUGGUUUAUAGCCAUGCAUGCACAUGUUAUUUAAUUAUGGAUAGUAGAUUUUGAGCCCUCGGCUUGACCACGGACCGUUUUUAGGCUUAUACAUUAGUCUAGACCAAAAUUCAGCGAUAAAAUUGCAUGUGUAGACCGCGGCCUUAAAUUAAUGACACUUUUGAGUUUAUUAACUUGCAUGCUCGUAUAGCUUUAAUGAAACGAAGUGAUAAUUAAAAUCUACUGAAAAGUCAAUAUUUAAUAAACAGAAAGCGCUUUACACCUCAUUAAAUAUGGAACGAGCUGCUGGAUAUUUCGAUAUUUAUUUCGAGAAAUUAAAAAUGCAUGCAUUAUUAGUGAAUUGCGUGUUGGUAUGAUAUAGUGCAGAAGAACUACGAGAGCGUAUGUUACUACAUAUAUACUGGAGUAAAAUUCGGAGCGCAUUUGGAAAAAAAUAUCGAGUAUGGCAGGAUUUUCAUUAUGUGAUAUAGGCGAUAAAAGUGUUAGUUUUCUAUAUUUCCCUACUGGAAUAAAAGCAAUGUCAUUACAAGCUGCUCUGGCGAUGGCAAAUAUUGCCAUGUCUCUCUUUGGAACACUGGCCAACGUUUUCGUCAUAAUGGCUUACUAUCGUAGCGUUCGUCUGCGAACAAUCCAGAACACGAUGUUCUUGCUGCUUGCCAUCACAGACGUUAGCAUAACUGCUUUUGCACAACCGGUACUUGUGGUCGCCAUUUUACGUGGUUUGCUGGGAAACCAUAGUUGCAUUUUAUGGGGACUUGAUACAAUAUUAUCGUUCUUGCUCGUGGAACUAUCACUGGUAACAAUUGUUAUUCUUAGCUUGCAAAGUUAUAUAACCCUGGCUUAUCCAUAUCGUUGGCAAAGUAUAAUUACAAAGUCCCGUUUAAAUUUAGUGUUUGUCUUUUCUUGGCUUCUCAUUUUGCUAAAAACUCUGACUAUAUUUCAAAACUACAACUUUGUUUUAUACGGAGGACUUUGUGUUAUUACCUUAGCAAUCCUCACUGUGGUUUUUACCUGGUCUUGGACAUAUAAACUCGUUGCUCGGCAUCGAAGGGCAAUUCAAACUACUCAAACUCCUUCAAGCAGUCAAAAUGUGGCCCAAAAGAAGAUCUUGCGAUCAACAAUAACCUCAUUCGCCAUUAUUUUAAGUCUUCUGGCAUGCUACUUUUUAGACAUGUGCUUUUUUAUCUUCGAAAAUUUUUUAAAUGCUUCGAGACUUGGUGAUAAUACGUACGGAAUUUUAUGGUCAUUGGCAAUGACAUUAAUGUACCUAAACUCUCUGCUGAAUCCCUGCCUUGUGUUUUGGCGAAGUACUUGUUUCAGAGAAGCCGUAAAGAAUAUUUUCCAACAGACAAAAUAGAAAUAUUGAAAUUGAUAUAUGCAUGUGAAUGUAUAGUAUCAUUUAUGAUUUCUUCCCCAGAAAUACCGGAUCCUAGAUUAUAUAUUCAAUAUUUUUUUCUGUCGUUUUGAAUUUAAUUUUAUUAUUUUUUUAAUCUAAAUGAUAAAUUUUACAUGUGCUUAAUCAUGAACAUACAAAAUAAAUACGAAAACUUAUAUUUAUUGCAUAUGAUUUGCAUAACAUCCUUCUGGUAUAAGCAUACAUCAGCAAACACGAAAACGAGACUCUGUAGCCAAACGUAUAAUGAUGACGAGAAAUCCCGACCUGCAUGACAUGGCGAUAGGUCAGCAAUGUGAAUUAUGAGAUCUGAAAUAAAUUUGAGAUUAACAGCGAGGGGAACGUAGAGGAACGAGCCGGGGUAUAUGAGGUUGAUUGUUCUAUAUGUAUAUUUUUUUAAUUUAUGAUUUUUUUCCUCAGAAACGAUAUAAAACCUUGAGACAUAUUUACCACUAUAAAUAAAUCUUUUCUUCCAAAAUACUCAUCUGUCGUUCUGAUUUUAAUUUUCUCAUUGUCACACGUUGAGUCUGAAUUUAAAAUACUUCAUAAAUUGUCCAAAAUUGUUUGACCUAAAUCGUAUAUUUCAUUCCAAAUUGGUUCACAACGUAAAUCAUUACAAAGAAACUUCUCAUUGAAAUAGAGCUAGUCAGCCAUGCCACAUAGUAAUUGUAACAUGAUCAGGUAUACCCUCUAAUAAUUGCGACGUCUAGUUAAUCACGUCAAAUAUUUAAGGCAGACUUCACGCUGUUUGUGGUUAAAAUAUUUCAAAAACCGAGCAAGAAAAAUUGAGAAGAAUUUCGAAAGGUAAAAGUUGUAGAAGUUCCUUCAAAUGAGACAAACUUAAUUUUUAUUGCCAUUUUAUACAUUUAAUAUUCAUCAGCCUUCCCCACCUGAACGACCUAGUUUAUUAAAGCAUUUUCUUGUGACAAGAGUUUUAUUGCUCUCAAACAUAUUAUACUCAUCAAACAGGAUAUAUUUAUAAUAAAAUGAAUAUAGGGCUUACAUGUAUAUUUAAAAAUGCAAAAAGCGCUUUACACUUCAUUAAAUGGAACGAGCUGCAUGCUGCAUAUUCUCGAGUUACAUGAUAUAGUCAUUGCAUGUUAGUAGGAUAAGAAUUACGGGAGUAUAUGAAUAUAUAUAGGAGUAAAGAUCUGAAUAAAUUGUAAAGAAAUAGAAACAUAUGAGUAUGACAGGAUUCUAGGCCAGCGCCGUAGCACUAAAGUAUUUCUUUUCUAUAUUUCCCUACUGCAUGGUAUCAAAGCAAUGCCUUUAGAAGCUACUCUGACGAUGGUAAAUAUCGCCAUCUUUUUGUUUGGAACGUAAUUCGCCAACGGUCUCGUCAUAAUGGUUUACUACUUGUCUGCGCAUCACAGAUAUUGGCGUAACUGCUUUUCUUCAACCGACCGAUAGUUGUGGUCGCCGGCCAUCUUCAAUGGGGAACCAUAGUUGCAUUUGGGGGACUUGAAACCAUAUUAUCGUUCUUGUUCUUGGAACUAUCACUGAUAACAACUGUUAUUAUUAGCUUGUAGAGCUAGUUAACUCUGACUUACCUGUAUCGUUGGCCGCAAAGUAUAAUUACAAAGUCUCGUCUGAAUUUAGUGAUUGUCUUUUCUUGCACACUGUUAUGAUCUAAAGUGAGAUCUUGUGGUGGUACGUGUGGAAUACCAGUUUUUUCUUUCAAGUUUUAGAGUAAAGAAUACUAUAUAUUUUUGGAUACUGGUCCCGUCAUUCUAUACUCUACAGACUACACAGUGUCGUACACCAGUACUUGUCGAAUUAGAAGCUGCUCUGACGAUGGUAAAUAUCGCCAUCUUUUUGUUUGGAACGUAAUUCGCCAACGGUCUCGUCAUAAUGGUUUACUACUUGUCUGCGCAUCACAGAUAUUGGCGUAACUGCUUUUCUUCAACCGACCGAUAGUUGUGGUCGCCGGCCAUCUUCAAUGGGGAACCAUAGUUGCAUUUGGGGGACUUGAAACCAUAUUAUCGUUCUUGUUCUUGGAACUAUCACUGAUAACAACUGUUAUUAUUAGCUUGUAGAGCUAGUUAACUCUGACUUACCUGUAUCGUUGGCCGCAAAGUAUAAUUACAAAGUCUCGUCUGAAUUUAGUGAUUGUCUUUUCUUGCACACUGUUAUGAUCUAAAGUGAGAUCUUGUGGUGGUACGUGUGGAAUACCAGUUUUUUCUUUCAAGUUUUAGAGUAAAGAAUACUAUAUAUUUUUGGAUACUGGUCCCGUCAUUCUAUACUCUACAGACUACACAGUGUCGUACACCAGUACUUGUCGAAUUAGAAGCUGCUCUGACGAUGGUAAAUAUCGCCAUCUUUUUGUUUGGAACGUAAUUCGCCAACGGUCUCGUCAUAAUGGUUUACUACUUGUCUGCGCAUCACAGAUAUUGGCGUAACUGCUUUUCUUCAACCGACCGAUAGUUGUGGUCGCCGGCCAUCUUCAAUGGGGAACCAUAGUUGCAUUUGGGGGACUUGAAACCAUAUUUUCGUUCUUGUUCUUGGAACUAUCACUGAUAACAACUGUUAUUAUUAGCUUGCAAAGCUAUAGUUAACUCUGACUUACCUGUAUCGUUGGCCGCAAAGUAUAAUUACAAAGUCUCGUUUGAAUUUAGUGAUUGUCUUUUCUUGCACACUGUUAUGAUCUAAAGUGAGAUCUUGUGGUGGUACUUGUGGAAUACCAGUUUUUUCUUUCAAGUUUUAGAGUAAAGAAUACUAUAUUUUUGGAUACUGGUCCCGUCAUUCUAUACUCUACAGACUACACAGUGUCGUACACCAGUACUUGUCGAAUUACCUAUUUUAUACCAAAUAAGAUAUCGUAUAAUAACCAUUUUGUUCCUUUAACUUUACCAAAAUGUUUUUGCUUGUAUGAUAACAAAUAAACGAGAGGCAACGAUUGCAUGAGUUUCACAUCGAGAUGUUCAUUUGAGUUUAAUCAAGGGGAGUUCUAUAUAAUUAGCUUUCACUUUAUAUCAUGUUCCCUUCCAGAUGCUUACCUUGGCUACUAGUCUGUUUGUCCUCUCAAAAGAAGGUGUGCACAUAUUCACGAGUAAAAAGUUUUAAAAGGCGUGACCAUGCAUGGUUUGCAUGGUGUCAUCCGCUUCUAUAUGCGACUUUUCUAAGCUGCGGGGUAAUUAUACCAACGAAAAUCCGAAUCAUUACAGAUAAAUUUCUGUUUGUCUGUGUAUAGGGCUGAAGUGUUGUGGAGGGCUGAAGUGUUGUAGAGCUGAGUAAUUACUCUUUCUUUUUUCUUUAUAGUUCCAAUGCUAAGUAUAUUCAUAGAUAUAAAGGCCAUAGGAACAGUAUGACAGGUUAGUUGUAUACCGUUUCGAUUUAAGUAGCAUGCAUGUUUAUAACAAUCCAAUCUUUCUGAAUUAAUCCCAUUGAAAUACUUAAUACUGGCCAUUGAUUUUUUUAUUAAAACUAGGACUGAAUUAAAAUUUACAACUUUAGAUAUAGGUCGGACAAUUGUUUCACAAGUUUUGCUGCUUUUCAUUAGCUUAAUUAAAAAGUAAUUAAUUUGGCAGUUCCGUAUACCCAGAUUUCGUUCAACAUUUUGUGUUGCCUACUGAUGUAUGCCAUAUGCAUGUAUACGUCAGCAAGAGAAAUUCGGCGAAUUCAUGUCACUGUAUACUGAUUUCUGUGAUAAUAUUAACUGUUCCUUGGUUAAAAGUCUGUCAACCAUUUUCUGUUUUCAGUCAAAGGAGUGAACUUUUAUGGACCACGAAGUGAGUUUGUUGUUAGUGGCAGCGAUUGUGGCCAUGUCUUUCUAUGGGACAAGGAAACUGAAAGUAUUGUUCAGUUACUUGAAGGAGACGUGACAGGAGUGGUGAGGACUAAAUUAUGAAUACCACAUAGAAUGUCCAUAUUAUUUUUCUUCUACAUUACUCCAAUAUAGUGUUUACCAAGCUGUACAUACUUUCGAGGACGUUAGCUUUCGAGAUGACACGGGGAAUAUACUCUCCUGCAAAUACACUGUUCGUAGCGGCGAUGUUAUAUAUACUUCGUCAAAUUGCAUGCAUAUUUAUUUCAAGAGAGUAAACAAAAAAAUCAGUCGAGAAAAUGUUACAUGUCAAUUUGCGUAAAAUACCAUGUCAGUAUAGUUUUCCGUGUUUAAUUAUUUCGAGGAAUCCUGUAAAGGCUGUAAAUGGAGCAAUAAGCUAGCUCUGUGGGCAUAAACAAAUAAACAAAUUGACAGCUCAUCCAGUGCACUAGCCAGUGGUGUGCUUAAAUUUCCUCAGACUUAUACAAAGUACAGGACAAAAGCGCUGUAAUCUAUUUUCAUGCAGGGGGUGGGCAUUUUCAUAUUUUUGCAUAUAUAUUUCUUUAGACAUCCUCUGAUAGGGGAAAAUGAACCAUUUAAAUAAAAAUGGUAUGAGAAAAAUAAUUUAAUGUGAUGAAAUGCUGGGGUUUCAGAAUGAUUUGAAGUAGGCGGUUGUACCAAAAAAGCAGCCGGCUGUGACUGAUAGUUAAAAAAUCGCGCGGGGAGGGGAGCGUGCCCUCGCAUGGAAAUUUAAAAAGUUUUCGCCGCAAAUUAACAAUCAAAUAAUAUAGAAUAAAUAAAAAGACAAAGUACAACUGUUAACAUGUUAGACUUAGAUGUCAUUUGCAAAGAAAAAUUUAGAACUGCACACAUAGGGGUGUUACGAAGGCAACGGUUGUUUGACUGGGGGGGGGGGGUCGAAGGAUUUUUUACCUACAUAAAGGGGACAGAAUAAUGGUGUGGUUGGGAGGGCGAAUUGGAGAAAGGCCAGACAAACUCGAUUUGGGGUGCGGGAGCUAGGGGUGUUCCCCAAAACAAUUUGAAUCUAGAGGCUGUUAAGUUCUGGCAAAGAUUUGUUUUACCCAACCACUCACAAAAACUGUUUCAAAACAUGUAACUGGGAGUCAUGGAUGUUCAAUAUAUAACAACCUUAAAUUUGCAUUUGAGACAGCCAAGAAUAUUAGGUUCUCCCACUCUAAUCUCUUUUGGGGAGCUUCGCUCGCCCCAAUUUUACCUUCUUUUCCAUUACCCCAGCACGUAAGUGAUUUGUGAGGAAAAUAGGAGGGUCUGGAGUCCUCCCCGAGAAAACGUUUAUAUUUUUGAUGCUCAAUUAAUGACAGCAUUUCUGGAAUUUUCUGGAGCAUCCACAAGGGUAACGAGUAAAUGAGAAGACUGUUUUAAUUAAGGCUAUUUUUGUUAGUUUGGUGACUGCACAUUUGUGUUUUAAGAACUGCACAAAUGGGUUUAGAACUGCACAUUUUGUGUAGAACUGCACGUUAAAAUAAACCCUGGUCAUUUGCAUUUAUACUUGUAAGUGAAGUCAUUUGCAUUUAUACUUGUAAGUGACAAUGUCAAUACUUUAAUGUGCUACUAGUAGUUUAAUUUUUACAGCUGCAUGAACAGAAUGAUAAUGUACACUACAGUAAUAGUAUUAAUUUAUGAGUCCGAAAUCAUUAAUCAAAUGAUGUUAUACUUAUGUGCGUAAUGAACUUCACUUCACCACUUCUUCUUUCUUUUGCUAUGUUUGGUACUAUGUAUUAUAAUUUAUCUUAUUGAUCUUCCAAAAUAAGUGAUGUUUUGCUUGAAUUCAGGGCUUGAAUUUUAUCGCGGCAAUUGCCGUAGAGGGAGAACAAAAUGCCAUGGAUCAUUGCGGCAACGACUGCAUUUUUUUGCCGUAUAGUAUAUAAUUUUUAAACUGUUCACUGUGCAUUACUAUUUUGAUACUUGAAUUCAGAUGUUGAUCAAAUCAUCCGUAAAUUACUAUUUUAUAGUCUCAGUUUUCUUUGAAAAAAAACACACUAAAGAAAUACGUAAACAUGUUUCUAGCUUGUCAGCAAUCCAAAGUAACACUAUUAAAAUUAAAUUUUUAUUACAGUAAUUUGAAAAAAUGCCGUGGAAUUGUGGAAACGAACAAAAUUGCCGUAUAGGCAGCUGUAACGUUCUACGGCAAUUUUUAACGCCAUUGCCGUCGAUUGAUUUCAGGGAAAUUCGAGGCCUACUUGAAUUCCAAUUGGAACAUAACAAACAUCGUGUUGGUUCGUUUGUACCUUUGUAUAUAAAUUUUUUCCUGUGACCAGACGAAAAGUAGCCGGCGGUAAAAGUUCAAGUAGCCGGCAGAACUCCGCCGGCUUAUUCUGAAACCCCUGGAAAUGGUGUAUGAAACGUGUCAUGUUGCUCCUCUUUGGUUCUGCAGUAUUUAUUGUAUAUAUAUAGCGUAAAUGUUAAAAUGUGACAAUUUUUUUUCAGGUAAUAUAUACUGGGUAGGAAAAAUCACGAAAAUGCCUUCGGAAAUAAAUUCCAAGGAAUCAAAGUUUGGGCACCCGUCAAAAAUUUGAAUAUCCUAGCCAGUUAAAGAUCCAAGAAAACCUUGCCUGUAUAUAGACCGAUUCGAAAACUAGGCUAUACUCAGGCUUGUUUGCUAAAUCACAUAGCCUAUCGAAGGGAAGAUGGGUGUGAAACUCAUUAGAAUAACAAUAUAACUCAUUAUCUAUGUUUGUCAACGUUUAUUCAUAAAUUUGGUCCUUCACCGUCACGUGUGUAUUGUAUUCUUGCCCAACUAACCAAUAGCAAUGUUUUAGGAAAGUCACCUAUCCGUGACUCGAACAAUAGGGAAACUGGGAAUUGCUAUUGGUGGAUUUGGUAAAAAUGCAAUACACACGUGACGGUGAAACGACCAGAUUUAUGAAUAAACGUUGACUAACAUAGAUAAUGAGUUAUAUUGUUAUUCUAAUGAGUUUCACAGCCAUCUUCCCUUCCCUCCCUCUAGGACAAACUUCGGUAUUUUUAAGACGUAAUUUCUCAAAGAGAAUUGGAAUUUUAUGGCAUUAUAUUUAUACUCUGUAAAAGUGUUAGUCUUGAAAUAUUCUAUAAGGUGGCAGUGCAUGCAUGAUAACCGUGUUUAAAAUUAAUUUCGAGAGAAAAAAAGACGACAGCCACUUCUCUAAUUGGUGUAUAGAGCUGAUCACCACGCGACGACGAUAAUUUUUUAAUGCACGACAACUUUACUUGCAUGAGUGAAAUCAUGGUAUAGCAAUAUAGCAUAUCCUUUUAUUGCACACUUAUUGCACCUUGUAAUUGAUUGUUUUUUAAUAUGCUUAGGUGAAUUGUUUGGAGCCACAUCCUUACCACCCAUUUUUAGCCACAAGUGGUCUUGAUCAUGAUGUCAAAAUCUGGACGCCGACCUCGAAUGAGCCAGUCGAUUUUGACAAAAUUGAAUCGGUAAUAUUGUUACAAGAAUAUUCCAUAUUUUUCAUUUUUUGCUGAUUUUAGUAUAUUUUCAAACACAGUCGAAGCCUCGUUUCGAGGCUUGUCAAACGUAAAUAUGGUGGUACUUUGCCUUCCCCCCACGGCGGCUAAACCUGGGCGGCCAAAUGCCAUUAUACGUUGAUAUCAGAUAGCAAAGUCAAUAGCGGCAAUAGUAAACGUGACAAAAGGUUUUUCAUGAUGGGCGCAACUUUGAUACAUUUAACUAGCCUAACGCAUUUAUUUAGACAAAGAUUGGACUCUUUUAACAAAAAAAGUAAUCUUUCGUAUUCUCUCAUGGUAGAAGACUGUUGUAAAUGCAUACAUGUAUUUUCUAAAUUGGCAGGUUGUUCUUGCGAAUGAUAGAGAAAGGGAUGAAGAAAGAAGACGGCCAGAUUAUCCAUUAAAUGGAGAUCUGCUCAGGUUUAUGGUCAACCACAUUGCUAGACGGGUAAGUGGAAGUUUCUAGUGUUCUUUUAAAAAAGCCCUUGAGGUGCAAGGUUUGCAAGUUUUGACGCAAGAUUUUAAUAUAAAAAUCGUGCGAUCACAAAAUUUGAAACUGUGUCUGUGCAGGUUUGCCUAACGGGAAAACAGGCUUGUAGUUUAGGAAGCAUGUAUGACGGCAACACGACGACGACGACGGCAACCAAUACAAUGAGUCAAUGAAAAGAAAUAAAUAAUGAGUUUCAGACGUAGUCGUCGCUGUGUUUACAACGGCAAUCACAGAUUUUCACGUCUUUUAUACAACGCUUGCAUUUCAAGCCGUAACAAGUGCAACUUAAAAUUCGGUUCAGUAGAACUCUUCCCAAACAUAAAGCCAAUGUUUUCAACUUCUUAUACUGUAUUAAAUUCAUACGAAUUAUAAUAUACGACAAGUUUUUUUUACUAUCAUUUAUUUGAAGGAAUUUGUUUUGGCCGUCGUCGUCGUUUGGAGGGGUGGACAUUUUGUUUGGGGGGGGGCUAAUAUUGGAGGGGGGUAGCACCCCCUGCACCCCUCACAAAAUCCGUCUAUGGUGCCAACUAAGACCUUUUGAAUGCUAGUUAAAACCCACGUUAGAACCCCAGUUGAAAACCAUACCAGAUAUUCACGCCAAUUAAAACCCAUACCCUUAUUUUACCAGUAUAGCAAUCUCAUAUCUCAUUAUAUCAUAAUUUUGCAUGUGUUAUAGCGUCUUCGUAGAACUGAGAGUGAUGCAGAAGAAGGAAUAGACGAAGACGACUCGAGCUCGGAGGAAAAUGGUGAACGUGUUCAAUGUUAUCCCUCGUGAUUUUUCAAACAAAUAUGUAUAUAAUGCCGUAAUGCGUGACAACGAAAAGUGGUGGGGAAUCAAUUUACGUCAAUAUUUCCUGAAGAUAGCAUUAAAUAGCAGCUAGUAUAUUGCGUAUACGCGUAUAGCUACAUAAACUCAUAUUGCAUGUGUGUACAGUAGGUAUUCAAUGCCUAUAUUUUUGUGUAUUUUCUGUAAUUUGUAAAAUCAAGUUACGCUGAACAAAGGCGAGGUUUGAAGUGGAAAAUCCAUUAUGGUGUCCAAUUUUCAAUUAUCAGUUUUAAGGCCCAUUUCCACGGACAGAAAAUUUUUCGAAAAUAUCAUUUUUAAAUUUGACGUUAAAUUUGUGUCGACCAAUCACAUUUUACAUUGGGCCGUUAAGGCCCAUUUCUGUAUUGGUAUCGCUAUAUACCCACGUAUUUCAACGCGCAUGCAAACAUAAUUACUCAAAGAAAACGAUAAUGUACUUAAACAAUGUAUAAACUUUUAUUUCUUUACAAAUAUCGUCGAAUUAUUGAGCCUUUUGAGCG